GACAUAUCUCAGCCACUUGCCUUGUUAGAGACUGGUCUCUCGAGUUCUUGGUUACUCCAUCUUACUGCUUAGGGACGCGCCCGAUGGAGAGCAACCGCGAUGAGGCCUUGCGAUGCCUGGCUAUCGCGCAGAAGCACCGCGAUGCCGGCAACUACCCCUCAGCACGCAAAUUCGCUCAGAAGUCUAUCAGCUUGUACUCGACACCGGAAGCCAAUAAGCUACUGCAAGUCAUCGAAUCUGAAGCAUCGCAAGCAUCCUCAAACGGUGGCCCAAGCGCUUCCACUUCAUCUGCGGAAACGCACCCAUCAGGCUCCGGCAUGAAACACCGACACACAGACUCGAACGCUCAGGCGAACGGCUAUGCGAGUGGCAGCAGCGCCGAGAAACCGAAGGCGAGGGAGUACACGACGGAGCACAUGGCAGUGGUCAAGCGCGUGCGCGCGUGCAAGGUGACGGAGUACUACGAGAUCCUGUCUCUCAAGCGCGACUGCGAGGAGAACGACGUGAAGAAGGCAUACCGGAAGCUUGCGCUUCAAUUACACCCGGACAAGAACGGCGCGCCUGGCGCAGACGAAGCGUUUAAAAUGGUGUCCAAGGCGUUCCAAGUGCUCUCAGACCCGCAAAAACGUGCUGCGUACGAUCGGCACGGCUCCGACCCGGAAUCGCGCUUCGGCGGCAUGUCGUCGUCUGGUCGCGGCAGUCCGUCUGGGUUCGCGACUACCUCGUUCCAGGGCAGUCCAUUUGGCGAAGAGCUUAGCCCGGAAGACCUGUUCAACAUGUUUUUCGGCGGCGGCGGCGGCAUGGGCGGGCCCUUUGGCGGUGGUGGGCCAGUCUUCACCGCAACGUUCGGACCCGGGGGUUUCCGCACGACCCGCAUGGGCGGCGCCGCUCCCCGCGCACAAGCGGGCGCCAACGCGGGCUCGUCCUCCGCCUGGCUGCAGCUCCUCCCGCUCCUCGUCCUCUUCGCCUUCUCCCUCCUCAACGCGCUCCCCUCUCUCCUCUCGCCCACCCCCGUCCCGGACCCCGACUUCUCCUUCCGGCCCGACGCCCACUUCGACACCACGCGCGAGACGUCCGGCCUCGGCGUGCAAUACCACGUCAACGGCGCCGAGUUCCGCGCGCACCCGCACAUCGGCGCCGAGUUUGCGCGGCUCACCACGGAGGCGCAGGAGACGCGAAAAGGAGGCGGCCCGGCGAUCCGCAAGUUCGAGGGCGUCGUCGAGCAGGCGUACAAACAGAACCUGUACGCCGAAUGCCAGCGCGAGACGCAGAAGAAGCAGCGGCGGAAAGAUCAGGAGAUAGGGUUCAUGGGCAUCGGCACCGACUGGGAGAAGGUGCGCGCAAUAGAGCGCGAGCCGAUUGCGGCGUGCGAGGUGUUGCGGCAGAUAGGCGUCUUGCGAUGAUGAUCUCCACGACCUUAGACACGUUCCGCGCACCAUAUGCUCUACGGCUUUCAUGUAUUCUAACAUCAGUAAUGGGUCAUAUACAUAUGCUAUC